AUGGACGGCUUCAUUGCUCUGGAAUCUGCGGAAGAUCUACUCAUACAGAAGCUGCAUAGAGCUGCCGUAGCAGCCGGACAGCCAUGCACCCUAAUUAGCCUGAAGACACUAAGGAAGCUCCCACCUGAAGCUGACGCCGCCAAGUUCGUGCUCAAGUUAGUCGCGGACCUUGUAGAGCAGCUGGCUGAAAAGACACAAGCGGUGCUGCUGCUAGACGAAUUCGAUGUAUGGGGGCCAAUAAAACGAAUUAAGGCUGCGGAAGAGGAAGGAGAUUCGUCGGACUUUUACAGUGCAAACAAGCUUCCGCAGGGAGGAGCAUCAUCGCAAAACGGGCACAGCAACGACGCUUCGACAGGAAGUUGGGGGCAUGAUGUCGUUCAUGAGAGAGGAGUCGAUGAGAAAAUAGCAAAAACAAAACUAUCCUGGGUCUACAGGGUGCUGUAUCUACUCAAACACUCGCUGAGCUGCAGACUGCUGAAUGACGGACGUCGUCUUGUAUGCAUAGCGAUAUACGCUCAUCCAACAGCGACAAAGUCAUUUUUCGGAGAUAUUUUUCAUCAUACCUACGAGGGGGUGAAAUUUAUAAGGGAAUUGGGCUACCUGAAGCUGGGGUUAGCAAUUUCGCUACCAACCGAGGAAGAAACGGACGAGUGCUCAAAGGUAAUAGAAACAGGGCAACACACGGAUGACACGGGGGAUUGUGUAUUAAACGCCCAUCUGAGAGUCAAGCCGAUUAGUCACAACAAAAAUGGAGUGACGGUAAACACUGAUGCUUUGCAACGAGACAUACCAUUCAACGUCAGUUGCGGGCAAAUAGUGCUCUCGAGGAUAACGUUAAUCUGUGGAGAACAGGCAUCCGGCAAAACAACGCUGCUAAACGCAAUAUUCAGGGCGUGGGUGCAAGGUGAAGCCAUCGGGUUCAGCGACACAGCAAAUUGCGAGCCUGGUGCCACCGAAAUUAAAUAUGCGGCAGGCAAUCAAUGGAAGGAUUACAUAUACCCUGACGCUGAAGGGAGUUAUGUACAAAGUAAAGACGCCCUUGAUCGAAACAGUGAACAAAAGUUAGAUAAAAAACGCUCGGGUGAGGUGAUUCGUUCCGCAUACAAGCUGGAAUACUACAACAUAGUCAGCCAGUACGUUGGAUGCGGAGAGAGCUACCUGAGGAGCACGUUUCAACGGGCUAGAAACAACAGACCUGCUCUGGUAGUCAUAGACCAGGUUGAGUUGUUGUUUCAAAACAGCGAUCCGGAUAACGAAGACAGGCAGGGCUUCUCGACCCUCGCAAGGACACUCAUUAAUGAGUUACAUGCACUAGAUGGAGGGGUGGCCUUCGUUGCAGCAACCAGCGGAAAUGUCGCACCCGAACAACUACCAAGUGCUCUGAAAACGUUGCCGCAUAACUGUAUUGUGCUACAAAGGUAA